GUGAAGGAUCUUGUUUCCAAGAUAUGUGGGCUAUUUGUGGAAGUGAAGCAAUUGCCAUUGACACAUUAGACAUCGUAGAAAUCUCAACAGCAACACAGACGAUGUAGUGUAGAUACAUAAAUUUACUAGAACAGCCCAUAUAAUUCUCCUACCACGCCAACACAACAGCAGCAGUAACUGUACAACUCUACAGCAGGAUACACAUUUCAUCUAACAACAAACAGAAAUGGAUUUAGUAAUACAAAAAUUACAAAUGGUUUGAUAACUAUUUUGCACUAAGAUAUGACUUAUCAUCCAUACAUACUGGAAAUAUUUGUGAAAAACAUGUUUGUACAAGCACUAGUACACAUAUUUUUUCUCCAUGUCUGUGAAUGUAUUGACUUUACAUAUUAUGUUGAAGAAGGUAAAGAUCCUGGAUUUUACUUGGGUGAUAUCAGAAGUGAUACACAUUUAAUGAACAGUAUCCCUAUAAAAGACCACUAUUUAAUCAAAUUUAAUCAACUGCAACAACAUGUUACGGAUAAACGUCAGUUGUUUAAUGUUACCAAAACUGGUAAACUCUACACUGCUCAAACACUGGAUGCUGAAUCUUUUUGUAAAUAUAAUACUGAGUGUUUUGAGAUGGUGGAUAUUGCUGUUCAGAAAAGGGAAUCCUUUAUCAAGAUAUUAGAAAUUAAAGUUAUCAUCAAAGAUAUCAAUGACAAUUCUCCAAAAUUUCCUACAGAUGAAAUUAACCUCAAGUUUUCUGAGGGUGAUAAAAAGGGAAGUAAGCGAUCAAUUGCAAAUGCAAUUGAUCGCGAUGUUGGUAUAUUUAAUUCUAAAAUUAUAUACCAUCUAGAGAAAAAAGUAAAUGAGCCCUUUGAACUUGCUGUUUAUAAAAGAGUUGAUGGCUCUUACAACCUACAAAUUAUUUUAGAAAAUGAAAUUGAUAGGGAAAUAAAAGACAAUUACAUAAUUCGGGUUAUUGCCAAAGAUGGUGGAAUGCCUUCUCUACAAGGAAUUUUAACUGUGCAUAUAUCUGUCACUGAUAUAAAUGACAACCCUCCCAUUUUCUCUCAGAACAUUUACAAUAUUACAAUAAACAAUGGAUACCACAGAGGGGAAUCUGUCAUCGUUCUGACAGCAACAGACUUAGACACAGACAACAAUGGUAAAAUUUCCUAUCAUUUCAGUAGCAAAACAUCAGAUUUAACCAAAUCACAUUUUGAUUUAGAUGAAUCAACUGGAGAGAUUUUCUUUCAUGGUAAAUCUACAAGUGGCAAAAGAGUUACCUAUAAACUGUUCAUUGAAGCUAAAGAUGGAGGUUUCCCUCCUUUGAGUAGUAUAGUUAUGGUUCGAGUUAAUGUCAUUAAUCAGCAGAAUAAUGCACCAGAAGUAGAUAUAAAAUUUGUUACUGAAUCAACGGGAAAUACAGUCACAAUAUCAGAGAGAGCAGAAGUUGGUAGCUUUAUUGCAUUUGUCAAAGUUAUUGAUAAUGACACUGGUCAGAAUGGUCAUGUAAGUUGUGACCUACAACAUGAAAAGCUUCAGCUUCAGAGCUUUGGCCAAAAAAAAUACAAAGUAGUUGUUAAAAAUUCUGUUGACCGGGAAACCGAAAACCAAACUGAUUUUACCAUUACAUGUGAAGACAAAGGAUCACCACCUUUAAAAACUCAAAGGAGAUUCUCUAUUCAGGUGAUGGAUGUCAAUGAUGUACAGCCAAAAUUUUCCAAAGAUUCUUUCAAGUUCCUGACCUAUGAGAAUGAAAAACCAUAUUUUCCUGUUGGCUUGAUUAAUACCAUAGAUCCUGAUCUUGGACCAGGUGGACAGUUAACUUAUUCUCUAUUGACUCAAAGAUACACACUUCCUUUUGAAAUUUCUAACUUUGGUUUCAUUUUAACUACAAAAUCCUUAGACCGAGAACAACAAGAUAUAUAUAAAUUCAGAGUUUUUGUUAAAGACAAUGGAACACCGUCAUUAAACAAUACAGCCAAUGUCAUCAUUGAAGUCAUGGACAAAAACGACAAUGCUCCAUAUUUUAUAUUUCCUAGUGUUAACCCUUUCAGCUUGGAUAUUUAUUACCAUCCACAGAGUAAAAAAGAUAUUACUGUUUUGAGAGCCUCAGACAGGGACAGUCAUGUGAAUGCUUUUCUCAGAUAUGAAAUUUUAGGUGGUAACGAUAAGCAGUUAUUUACCAUUAAUCCUUACACGGGUGUAUUGUCAUUCUCUCGAACAGUUUACCAAAAUGAUGCUGGAUCAUAUGAUUUGAAAUUCAUAGUCAAGGAUAGUGGUAUCCCAGUUUUAUCAACAGUAACUACUUUAUCCUUGACACUUACAGUUAGUAAUAAGACAUCUAAAAUGUUAACUCCACCAGACACCAAAUCAGAUGAUAAAAUCCACAUUAAUCUUGUAAUAAUUAUUUUAUUGGCAGCUGUGAUAGUAUCAGUAGCUACAGUAGUGUCAAUAACAGUGUGUAUUGUACGGAGAAACCACCAGAGAAACACAAAUUACAGAGCAAACGUAAAUACUGCUAACAAAAGUAUGAGUGCCAGUAGACAGCCUGGAUAUGAUAGUGAACAAAUGACACUUCAGUAUGAUGUCCCCGUCCCCGUGGCAACAUCUUUUAGCAAGAAUCGGGGCUCUUUGCCCUCUGAAAUAUAUUGUCAGCCCAACCGAGAAAGAAGUCUUCCUAAAUAUUUUCAAAAGACUGCUGAAACAUCUGUUAACGAGAGGGAUAAAGAGACCACAGCUAAACUCCCUUACUGUUAUAGUGAGAUGUCAAUGGUAACUUGUGCUGAUAGUGGCCGUGCUUUCAGUGAGGGAAACCUGCAACAUUAUGAAGAGCAAAGAGCUACAGAUAUUAGCCUUUCUACUUGUAGGGUUAUUUGUAAACAGUAUGACACAACAAAUGGUGAUGCUUACAUCCAACAUAAAGUCUGUGAUGAACCACCUGAUAUUUUGCACAUAUUAGUAAUGAUGUCUGAUGAGUCAAUUCAUAUUGUGGCUGUUCCCCACUGUGUAUUUCUAUGCAUUGAAUUUUCUCACAUGAAGAAAUUUUCAAGUCACAUUCCUCAAAAAGGAAAAAACAUGAUAUUUAUCAAGCUUUCAAGAACUUUGUUUGUGCAAACGAUAUGCACUAGCAUCAAAGAACAUCCCAGAGUUACAUUAUUAAAAGGGGUCUUUUAUUUGCAUGAUGCUAUUUUUAAAACUUUCAGAAUGUAA